CGCGGCGUCGAGCUAAUGUUCUUGCUCGUGCUCUUUGCGAUCUACGGCACGUUCAACUGGUGCAACUGCUCGUGGCAGCAGGACAUUACGUUUUACAACGGCGUCGAGCCGCUCCCAUACGAGUGGCAGGCGCGCUGCUACGCCAACUGGUACCAGCAGUGCGUGCUCCCGACCAACCAGAACUAUGGCGUCAUGAGCUACUCGCUCUGGCUCAUUGCGGCCACGUGGGUCUGGUCGCCGUUCAUCUUCAACCCGAGCGCGUUCGAUUGGGACUUUGUCAUUGCCGGCUACCGCGACUGGCAAAACUGGCUCCAGACCAAGAACGAUUCGACCGAGUCGUGGUUUGGCUGGUGGUCGGCCGAGCUCGAGUACCUCGAGCACUCGACGGCGUUCUCGCGCUUUGUCAUGUUUGUGCGCAAGACGCGCUUCCUCCUCGUGGCCUUUGGCUUGUACCUCCAGCUCAUGUACCGCCUCUUCUACAAGGAUCAGCACACGACGGUCGCGCAGGGCAACCCGAUGCUUCCGUACAUCCUCGCGGGCGCCAGCGUCGUCUUCUUGAUUCUCUUUGCGUGCGUCGCAUACGUUGCGAGCCGCGUGACCAAGAAGAUGACGAUGAAGCAGCGCAAGCUCCGCAAGAUCAAGUUCAACCUCUCGGCACUCGGUUUCGUCAUCGUUAUCCUCGCGCUCGUGCUCUAUUGA